UGUACGUGUAGCAAUAGCAAGACCUUGUGGAGCAUCGUGCGCAUUUUGGUUAAGAAAAUGGCCAAAGAAUCCUUGAUUCGGAGAUGCAGAAACCAUAUGCAUGGACUCUUGUUCGACCCCAGUUACUUGUGGAUAACAGCAGCAAUGCUAUGGCUUGCAGAAAUUGUUGUUAAUGUGAUUGUUAUUCAAAAAGUCAAGUAUACUGAGAUUGAUUGGGAAGCAUACAUGGAUGAAGUUGAAGGAGUCGUCAAUGGAACCUAUGACUACAUGAAGCUGAAGGGAGGCACUGGACCCCUAGUGUAUCCAGCAGGUUUUGUCUACAUCUUCAUGGCGUUAUACUACAUCACCGACCAAGGUACAAACAUCAGACUGGCACAGUAUAUCUUCGCUGGCCUCUACUUGGCAACAUUGCUGCUCGUCUUUAGAAUAUACAACAGAACCAAAAAGGUUCCACCCUACGUCUUGUUCUUCAUGUGUUGUGCUUCCUAUCGCAUUCAUUCCAUCUACAUCUUACGAAUGUUCAACGAUCCUGUCGCCAUGUUCUUCCUCUACCUUUCCAUCAAUCUCUUCAUGGACGGACGGUGGAAUUGGGGAUGUUUUUGGUUCAGCGUGGGUGUGUCAGUCAAGAUGAACGUCCUUCUCUUCUCUCCAGCUCUCUUACUCCUUCUACUGUCUGAGUUUGGUUUCUGGGCAACCAUUCCAAGACUCUUCAUCUGUGCCGUCAUACAGCUCCUUGUGGCCAUUCCAUUCCUUCGUGAGAAUCCUUCAGGCUACAUCAUCCGCUCCUUUGACCUCGGUCGUCAGUUCUUCUUCAAGUGGACAGUGAACUGGAGGUUUCUUCCUGAGGAGCUAUUCCUGAAUCGCUACUUCCAGACAUCUCUCCUAGCCUUACAUGCAGUUCUUAUUGCAUUGUUUGUAAUACAUCGAUGGAACAGGAGACGAGGUGGAAUCCUGGCUCUUUUACCCAAACCAAAGAAGGAGGAGAGAUUUAUCCUGGGAGAUAAUUAUAUCGUUGCUUCCUUAUUUGCUGCGAAUUUCAUCGGUGUUGCCCUCAGUCGAUCCCUUCAUUAUCAGUUUUACGUCUGGUACUUCCACACGUUGCCAUAUCUUCUCUGGAGUACCAAUUUACCUUCCGUCUUUAGGAUUUUAAUUCUGGGCGUGAUUGAGCUGUGUUGGAACACCUACCCCUCCACCUCGCUUAGCUCCGCCUCUCUCCAUGUCUGCCACGCCUUAAUGCUACUAGCCUUGUGGCUGAAACGACCAAUCACCAAAGAGGAUUUAGCUCAGGAUAGUAAGAAAUCGACAUAAGUCCCCCCAAUUGCCGAGGUAACAGAAUUUCCAGUGGUGCUAAAUUUAAGAGUUACACAAAUAUCAUUCUACAUAUUUGAUUUUAUGAAGUGAGCUUAUAAGACCGUCUUUGAUUUCUCGGUCUGAUGUUUUAAAACAACGAAGAUAUUUUCCUGUAAAAUUGACAUCAAAAACAAAAUUUUCUGCAUGUUUGUCUGGUUUUAAUCUAAUCGGGCCAACAAGUCAGUGGCAUUCAAGUUGUGAACAGCGCCCUCUUUUGACCAUUUUACAGUAGUCGUUCAUUACACUAGCUUGCAUCCAGUUGCUUUUAUGUUUACAUUCUUUUCCUUUCUUCAUUUGUUGUUAUGUUGUUAACUUUCAUCGGCCUUUAUGGUAUCGUCUGUGCCUGAACCAUCUACAUGUAGAGCUUAAGCUUGCUUAAAAAUGUAGAGCUUUUACAAUUUAAUAAUGAAUAUUCUAAAGGGACACAGGGUUUGAAUGGAGUGUACUUGCAGAGUACUUUAGACUAAAUUUAUACAUAAACACAAAUGUCUUAGGCUGUACCCAGCAUUGCUUUUGUUCAGUCGUGCAUAAUUGAGCCUGCAUUAUGCUCGAUAUCAUCCGCACUGCUUCUGAAUGUCAUCAGUGCUGCCUCAACCCAUUAACAGUGAUUGUUGGAGGAUUUGGAUUAAUUCAUCACCAGGUUUCUUAACAUGUUUCAAAAUCAGAUCAACUACGUAACAGUGUAAUUUUGUACCUGAAAAACAACGUGCUAAAAAGACAACAGGAAAUCCGAAAUAACUGAUGGACUGAUUGGUUCACUCUUGAUUGACUGAUUGAUUGUUUGAUUGAUUGCCUGGCUGAUUGAUUGAUUGAUUGGCUGACUGAUUCACUGGUGGACGUCUUGGUUCUUUUCAUGAUUGAUCGAUUUAAUGACUGAUUGAUUGAUUGAUUGAUUGAUUGAUUGAUUGAUUGAUUGCCUGGCUGAUUAAUUGAUUGAUUGAUUGAUUGAUUGGCUGACUGAUUCACUGGUGGACUGUCUUGGUUCUUUUCAUGAUUGAUCGAUUUAAUGACUGAUUGAUUGAUUGAUUGAUUGAUUGAUUGAUUGAUUGAUUGAUUGAUUGAUUGGCUGAUUGGUUAGCUGGUUGAUUAAAAUAUUGACAUAAUUUUCAGAGGGUUCAUAUAAAUAUCAAUACAAAAUUUACACCAUUUUCGCAUGACAUUAUUCAACAUUGCAAACGUUAGACAAAAUUACACAAUCAUCACGCAAACUAUGACUUUUUGAUGAAAUAAUACAGAUACAAUUUCAUAUAAACACUAAAUCACCUACAAAUAAAGAACAGUAGUAAACCUAAUGCACAAUAACAAUGCUGCCAUGUACUAUUAUAUAACACAGAAACAAGUCUGAAUUCUUUACACUCAUGUUGAUUCUUGUAAAUGUCUGAGAACUUUAAUACCUUUAUGAUAAGGGGUUGAUUCUUCUUAAAAUAAGUCAAAACUGCAAACUGCAAUCAGCACGUAACCAUGUUGUCCAACAUAUUUCUUGACAGCUUAAAAUAGCCAUCAAUUGUUCUUUUUAUGAAUGGGGAUUUAUUUUAUCUCAUAGAAAAAAAUAGUGCAAUUGUUCAUCAAAUCCCAUUGCUGCAAAGAGAUUAUUUGGAUUUUACAUCCCAGUCCUUUUUUGGCCAUUACCUAAGAAGUUAAGAUGUUCAGAAGUUGAGAUGUUGACAUGUAACACCAGGACGGUUUUUUUGUUCCGUCUUGUUGUCUGAGAUGUUUCUUACCUUUGGGAUACUCAGUGGGUUCUCUCAUGAAGAAUUAUGUGAUCUUACCUUAAUAACAUUUACACAUCUGUAGAGAUUUCAACAACACGCAGCUUAGAUGCUGGAGAUAUGUUGUUAAUGGAGACGUUGGUAUUCUUUAUCUGUUUGCUGUGGUUCUUCUGAUGUUAAGAACCAUACUCAAAAGUAUCUCUUCUUAAUUAUCUUUUGGAGGUGACGGUUUAGGAGAACAUGUUGAUAUUCCUGUACCCUUUUCUGCUGUAUUUGUGAUCUUCAUAUCAGACACAUCCACAAACUAAACUUAAAGUCUCCCGCCAAGGAACAUUCUUUGUAACAUGCUUUCAAUCUGUUGAUAAAACUUGACUGAACGGAAUACAUAGCCUUAGUCUUUUGUGUUCACUGCAUUUUCUUAACUUGAUGUGUUACUUAUGCACACUGGAUGAUCCAAUGUGAAGACUUACGUUCAGUGAAACAGCAACUGGAACAGGCAUAGUCCUAUAGGAAAAAAUAUCAAUUUUCUUAAUGGAAUGUUUUUUCCUUCUUUCAAAGUUAUACACCUCCCUCCCCCACUUACUCCAGAUGAAGUCCACCCCAUUUUUGGUCAAACAGACUACAAUUAUUAACCAGCGACCCUUCAUAUUACCAUAGUGGCUUGUUUUAUUGUCACAUUAUUCAUAGCAAAAUACCAUAAAACAAAAGGCAACUUAUUAAUUUACAAGCAACUAGUUCAAAUUUGCAUAUGAAAUUAAAUGCUUAAAACAUUUACUUUUAAAGCAUGUGUUGCUUGGAAACUGCUAAUUUUUCAAAUGUAUGUUUAUGAAAAAUAUAUUUUUCAGACAAAAUACACAUAGAUUUAUUUGUAAUCUGAUCAUUUUACGCAUGAAGUACGAGUUGAACAGAGAGCAGCAUUACACAAAAUAACAAAACAAAUGUAAUUAACAUUUAGUGCUGUGCAUUUCCAAAUAAUUUAGUAUUCGAUUAUUGGAACUUGGUUUUGCUUGAAUAUUCAAAUAUUCGACCAUUGAUAUUGAGGUUAGAGCCUGUCGUAAAUAUCAUGUAUUUAUUUUUUUGAGAUAGCUGACUAGUUGAUAUGUGACAGAUGUUAAAGAUGCAAAUUAGGGCUAUUUUCCUCGUGGAAGCUCUAAAAUUAUGUGUGCAAAGUAGCUGCCCACAAAAAUGUGGCAUUUCACAAACAUUAAAACCACUCAACUUCUACAAAUAUGUUACAUCACGGACGUUUUUCGUCAUCUUCUCGAGUAUUCUUUUUUUGUAAAUGCUAUUCUGAUGUUCGGUGGAUGAUUGAAUAUUCGGUGUACAGUCGAACACCUUGAUAACAAGGUCCUUGGGACUUGAUAAAUUACCUUGUUAUAACAGGUACCUUGUAUUAACAGUAAUGGAAAACAAAGAAAAACAAAGACUUGGGACCUACAAUUGUCCUUGUUAUAAGCAGGAUGUUGUAUUAACAGUGCUCUUAUCAGGGUUCGAUUGCAUUCGACGCAGCCCUGUUAACAUUAUUGUACAUGUAGCUACCUGUAUAAGUACACAAUUUCUUCAAUCAAUAAACUUAACAUUUAGAUUGGGUUUUAGAUCACAAUGUGUGGUAUUGACAUUUCCAGAUGGUGUUGCUUUGACGAAAAUCUGUUUAAAAUAAUUAAGUAAUCGUUAAAAUAUGCACAUUACUGGAACAACUAAGCAUAGGACAUCUGCUAUUUUAUACUAGCUAAACUAAUCAAAAUAGAAUAUUUUUACAUAAAUCUCAGCUGUAGUGCAGCAGCUUGAUACAACAUGUGUACAUUAAUGUACGGAAUAAUAGAAUGCAAUAUAUUUACAUAAAUGUAACAUUGCUACUGUAUUUAUGCAAAAUGCUGGGUUAUGAUAAAGGCCAUACAAUCAGUUUUAGGGACUUUUCCGGAUCUUUCCCGAAAAAGGUUUCGAACGUCUUUUGAUAGAAUUGUUACUUUUUUUUUCACAAUUAUCAUUGAAGAGCAUUGGUCUUGCAUUAUACACUUGCCAAUGGUUUAAGUUUAGAUGGAUUUGUUUGUUGGCCAAAACGUCUUCUAGUAAACCUGUGUCUUAUUAUUUUUCAGUAAUAUUUGUUUCAUGUUAAACAUUUUGGUCACAAAUUCUGAUUACAAUGUAUAAUAAAAUGAGUACGAUAUUGACCAACCAA